AUGGAAAUGGUUGGAAAGAACUCUGCAAGCUGUGUCAAUGUCCCUCUAGUUUCCGGUAACGAUGGAGACAAAAUCCUGAACCUUUGCCCGCCUUCGCACAUCACGCUUGGACUCGUUAAUACGAUUUUCGAGUCCGUCGAAAAGAAGGCGCCAGACUGGGUAGACUUAAUAAACAAAUUCAGCAAAAAACCACGGAAGAAAAUUCAUCGGGUUUACGACGAGGAACUAUUACAAAAGUGCUUAGAAUCGGUUAAAACAGGAGGAAAGACUAUAUAUCGUGCCAGCAAAUCAUUCUGGAUUCCAGUCUCGACAAUUCGUUUUCGCAUGGGCGAGAAAUGGACCAAGAAAAUUCGCAAGGGACCUCCAACGGUGCUACACCCAGACGAUGAAAUAAAAAUCAUUCACUGGCUCAAGGAGAUGGAAAGUAAGGGUUUCCCUGUAUUUAAGGAAACUUUUUUUCAUAAGGUCAAAAGUUUCUUUGAGAACAACUCGAAUCCAAAUCCUUUUAAGAAUGGUGUACCUGGACGCAAAUGGUUUGCAGGUUUUUUGAACCGGCACAAAGGACAAAUAACAAUCCGAACUCCGGAAGGAGUAUCGGCAGCAAGUAGUGUGGUUUCCGAAUUCGAUAUCCGAGGCUGGUUCACCAGAGUCGAGAAGCAUAUUGAAGACAAUGGCCUUGGAGAGAUCCUGCUUGAACCGAAUCGUAUGUAUAACGGAGAUGAAACUUCUUUCUUUCUCCACCCAAAAACCAAAGCGAUGUUGGCAACACCUGGAAACAGAAACAUUCAUGAGAUAGAACAUGCUAGCCCUCACACAAACAUUACGGUGAUGUUCACUUUCGGAGCAGACGGUUCCAUGGUGCCGCCGGAUGUUAUAUUGCCAAUGCAGAGGAUUCGACAGGAACUACUACGAAGCUUUCCUGGUGAUUGGGGCAUUGGCAAAAGUCCCAAACGAUGA